CAACCAUUGCCCCGGAAUCCCCACCUUUUCUAACCUUGAAGCUAAUCACACAUGGCUACAUUUAAUAACAACGUCCCCACAAAGUUCCCGAAGUUGGACCCCAAGGGACCUGCUGGUGAUAUUGUCUUGGCCGCCGAGCGUGCAAAGGCUACCUUCAACACCCAAGAGCUCACAAAGUUCAUGUAUGGUGAGGAGUGGCUAGACCGCUUCAGCCGAGUUUUGGAAGUCAUAGAAAACGAACCCGCUUUCGAUAAGUCCAAUCGAUACUACCAAGGCCGUAACGAGAGAGUUGCUGAUGCAUUCAAGAAGGACAAGCGCAUGGUCGAACUCGCUCGAGAGAAGAAGUGGACCGAUGUUGACUCCCAAAUUGCCAACUUCCUUUAUGAUCAAAGCUCUCCUUUCUCUUUGCACUCUGGUAUGUUCUUGCCUACUUUGAAGAACCAAACCACUGACGAGCAAAAGAAGCUCUUCCUCGAGCCUGCCUUGAAGCAUCAGAUUAUUGGUUGUUAUGCCCAGACUGAGCUUGGACACGGUUCCAACGUCCAAGGCUUGGAAACUACUGCUACAUAUAUUAAUGAGACAAACGAGUUCGAAAUUCACUCCCCUACCUUGACCUCCAGUAAGUGGUGGAUUGGUGGUCUCGGCAAGGCUGCCAACCAUGCCAUCGUCAUGGCUCGUCUUAUUCUUAACGGAAAGGAUUUCGGACCCCAUCCUUUCUGUGUCCAAAUCCGUAGUUUGGAAGAUCAUCGUCCUUUGAAGGGAAUCACUGUUGGUGAUAUUGGUCCCAAGUUCGGUUUCAACACUGUCGAUAACGGUUUCAUCAUGUUCGACCACUACCGCAUUCCUCACAUCUCUUUCCUUGCCCGUUAUGCGCAAGUUAAGCAAGGCACUGGUGAAUAUGUCCGACCCCCAAAUGCCAAGUUGUCCUAUGGUACUAUGGUCUUUGUUCGCGCUAACAUUGUUAUGGGUGUCCGAUUUGCUUUGGCCAAGGCUGCUACCAUUGCUAUCCGUUACUCUGCUGUUCGCAACCAGUUCGUUGAUGCUGCUAACCCCCGUAAGUGGGAAAACAAGGUUGUCGAAACUGCCGUUUUGGAUUAUACCAUGCAACAAUAUCGUAUGCUUCCCAUCAUUGCUCAAGCUUACGCUUGUUUCUUCACUGGCCGUGAAAUGCUCAGACUUUACAAUGAGAACCAGGCCAACAUGAAUGCUGGCAACUUCACCCUUCUUGCUGAUCUUCAUGCCAGCUCUUCCGGUCUCAAGAGUUUGUGUACCACUAUGGCCGUUCAGGGCAUUGAGGACUGUCGUCGUGCUUGCGGUGGUCACGGUUACUCCAUGUUCUCUGGCCUUGGCUCCUUCUAUCAAGAUUACUUGCCUAACGUUACCUGGGAAGGUGACAACUACGUCUUGACUCAGCAAACCGCUCGUUACCUUGGUAAGCAAUUCCGAAGCGUUGCUGCUAACAAGACAAAGGAGAGCGAUAUGAACUUCACAUCCGGCUACUUGUACGAAUACCUUCAAAACCCCAACUCCAAGUGCCCUGCUGUCGAAGCUGCUGACUUCAUGAACCCUGAAGUUCUCCUUAACGCUUUCCGUUUCCGUGCCGCUUCUAUGACCCAGAAGCUUGUCCACCAACUUGAUAACCAAGGCAAGAGCUGGAACUCUAUGACUGUGGAAAUCGCUCGUGUCUCCAAGGCACACACUCAACUUGUGCUUUUGUCCAACUUCAUUUCUGGACUCCAAGCUGCCCGCAGCGAUCUUUCCUCCAGCACUAUGCAAGCUCUUAGAAACAUGGCUUUGCUCUUCGGUUCUCACACUCUUGAACAAGAGUUGGCUGACUUCCUCGUCUCCCAAUACCUUAGCCCCGAUCAGGCUGGUAUGGUAAAGGAUUUGACUCUUGACCUUCUUUCCAAGGUCCGCCCCGAUGCUGUUGCAUUGGUUGAUGCCUUUGCUCUUCCCGACUACUACCUCCACUCUGCUUUGGGCCGAUACGACGGAAAGGUCUACGAGAGCAUGACCGAGAUGGCUGAACAGGAACCCUUGAAUCACAAGUUGGUCACUGACUCCUACGAGGAGUGCAUCAAGCCUCUUGUCCAUGCUGGCAAGGCUGAAGGCCGAUGGAAGGGCGAAGGCAUGCAAGCCAAGUUGUAAAAAACCAAGAAAAAAAAAAGGAGAGAGAAAACAAGGAAAGCUGUGUAAUUUAGGAAUUAUCGAGCUAAUAUAUCUUCUGAUCUAUGUAUUAGAAGCAGAGGGAACUAAGUGUUGACAUCCCAAUGCAACCAUUGCAAAUAUUUGUGAUAGAUGUUUUUUCUAUAUCGUCUUGAAUGUACCAUGUAAACCAAAUAAAAAAAAUCUAGACAACCAAAAACGC